AUGACUUGCAAGAUAUUAUUCAGGUUGUCCAACCUCGGGGAACCUGUGAAUAAUGAGAAUGUUAGCAAUGGAGUAUUAAGUUUGCCAUCGAAUGAUUAUCCAAAGUCAUACAAACCAGGAGACCCUAUUUUCGACUUGCGGUUUCAAUUGAAUGCGGCAAGUAAAGUCGCAAGAAAGGGGGUGUUCCAUACUAAUAUACCACCGUCUUACAAAGACGAGUUUGAUAGAAACAAAUAUUACAACCACUCCAUUGAAUCUUCAUUUCAUCAAGACAUUUCCUUUACCAUCCCCUUAUACAAGCCAGGAGCUUACAAUUAUUACAUUUCAUAUGAAGACGAAAAUGGGAAUGACAAGGAGACAGAAAAGUUUUACUUCAAUGUUCCACCUCAUUUGACCAUCGAUGGAAAUUUUGUCCCAUUCAAUGCCAUCAAUGUGGAGACAGUCAUUUCCAAAUGGAUCGGACUGUACGAUCGUUGGCCUAAAUUUUUCAAAAACAUAAAGGCAAAGGGGUACAAUAUGAUUCAUUUUACGCCAUUGCAAGAGAGGGGUGAGUCGGACUCUCCUUAUUCUAUUUACGAUCAGUUGAAAUGGGAUCCCAAGAUUUUCUCAGACCAAAAAAAGGCGGUUGAUCAAAUUCAUAAGGUGUUGAACGAUAACGAGUUAUUAAGCUUGACCGAUGUUGUAUGGAAUCACACUGCUAAUAACUCUGAGUGGUUAAAAGAUGCACCAAAUUCGGGAUACAAUAAACACACUGCACCACAUUUGACACCAGCAAUUGAAUUGGACGGGGCAUUGUUGGAGUUUAGUGAAAAAUUGCAAGAGUAUGGCUUUCCCACUGCCAUUGAAAAUGAAUCAGAUUUGAGCAAAGUUAUGGAGGGAAUAAAGUCUAAAGUAUUGGAUAAGUUGAAUCUUUGGGAGUACUACGUGUUCAACAGAGAAGGGACCUUGUCCGAUUUAGAAGAAACAUUCAACAAACAAAAGUCAGCCAUUGACAGCAUCAAGUUACCUGACAAUGUCGACAAAAAUGACCUAGUACAAUUGUCGCAAUUUGUAUUGGAAACUGCAAACACCCACUCAAAAACAAUCUUGGGCCACAGAUUUGAAAACAAAUUGGACUCUAAAAAGUUUUUGGCUAUUUUGUUUGCCUUGUUUGGUGGAAAUAGUGUCGAUGCUGGUACCAUUGUCGACAAAGCAGGGGAAAUUGUUGAUCAGAUUAACGCACCAUUGUAUAGAGAGUACGACGAUGACUUGAAGACAAUCCAACAGCAAAUUGCUGACAGAAUUCGCUUCUUAAGAUUAGCUGACAAUGGACCAAAGUGGGGCAAGGUGACAACAAAGCUCCCAUUGACAGAACCUUACUUUACAAGAUUCACCGAUAAAGAUGGUAAGAAGCAAGCAUUGGCCAAUAAUGGAUGGAUCUGGGGUGGGAACCCUUUGGUUGAUUUUGCAUCUGAUCAAUCCAAAGCCUACUUGAGAAGAGAGGUGAUUGUGUGGGGUGAUUGUGUCAAGUUGAGAUAUGGAUCGAAAUAUGAAGACUCUCCACAAUUGUGGGAUAGAAUGAUCAAGUACACCAGAGAAAUGGCUAGAGUGUUUACUGGGUUCAGAAUUGACAAUUGCCACAGUACACCAUUGCAUGUUGGGGAAAGAUUGUUGGACGAAGCAAGAAAAGUGAAUCCAAAUUUGUAUGUCAUCGCUGAGUUGUUUUCAGGAUCGGAGCAAAUGGACAAGAUAUUUGUUGAACGAUUGGCAAUCAAUUCAUUGGUCAGGGAAGCCAUGCAAGCUUGGAGUGUUGGCGAAUUGUCGUCCUUGGUUCACAAGCAUGGUGGUAGACCCAUUGGUUCAUUAACUUGGUUACCUUUGAGUGAUUUUUCAUAUCCUGCUGAGAAGGAGCCGGAAUUACGAGUUACAAAAGAGGGAUACACUGAAUUAGAUAUCCCGCAAGUUUUAACCAGCACUUCACCCCAUGCAAUAUUCAUGGAUUGUACUCAUGACAAUGAAACACCUGCACAAAAGAGAACUGUUGAGGAUACGUUGCCUAAUGCUGCACUUGUUGCGUUUUGCUCAUCGGCUAUUGGCUCUGUGUACGGCUACGAUGAAUGCUAUCCUCACUUGCUAAAUGUUGUUAGCGAAAAGAGAUUGUACGAUUUGGAUGAUACAAACGGAAUAGUGAAGGUAAAAGCAAAGUUGAAUGGUAUUCGUAAGCAAUUGGCUGAGGAAAGUGAAGAUAUUGCUCGUGAUCACGAGAUGUAUAUUCAUCAUGAGGGACAGUACAUUACUAUCCAACGCUAUAAUGCCAGAACUGGGAAAGGGUGGUUUCUCAUUGCUAGAAGCAAAUUUUAUGCUAACGAAACGGAGCAAAUUUUGUCUCCUUCCAUUCUCGGUGGGACAAAGGUUAAACAUGAGUUUAGUUGCACAUUGAAAAAAACCGGGGAAUAUGAAAAGGAUGAUAAAUUCUUGAGGGGAAUACCAACCGAGGUGAUUGAUAUUGAACCACCCAAAGUUGAGUUUAAUAAUGGUGACAGUGUCAUUCAAGUGAAUGGAAGCUUUAUUCCAGGGUCAAUAUCCGUAUUCUCUACUGAGAUUCCCGGUGUUGAUAUCAAACUUGAUGAAUAUGUCAGGCAGGGGGCACUUGAGGCAUCUUUAGACUUGGACUUGUAUGAUUUGAAUGCUUUGCUUUACAAAUGUGCUCCAGAGGAGUUGGAUGCUAGUGGAGGUAAAGAGAGUGUCUACAGUAUACCUCUGUAUGGUGAUUUAGUUUAUGCAGGUCUUGAAGGUUGGCAAACUGCAUUGAAGCAUGUUAUCUGGUCUAAUAAUUUGGGUCACCAAAUUUGCAAUCACUUGCGUGAUGGAGCUUGGGCUUUGGAUUAUGUCGUGCAAAGGUUGGACAAGUAUGUGGCCAAGUCUAAAAAUUUGGGCAAGUUUCAAAAAUGGUUGAAGGAUCGUUUUGAUGCAGUUAAGAAAGCACCUUAUUACUUGAGGCCUCAUUAUUUCUGUUUGAUUGUCGGGAUUGCGUACGAGGCAGCUCGAUUUAGAGCAUUAAGACAGUUGAGUAACCAAAUCCAGCAAGCCACCAAUUUUGUUCAGAGUUUGGCAUUGACAAGUGUUCAAAUGACGGGGUUUAUGAACAAUACUUCUCUUGUUCCUGAUAGAUCUGUUGCAUGUUUAGCAGCUGGGUUGCCCCAUUUUAGCAACGAUUACAUGAGAUGUUGGGGAAGAGAUGUUUUUAUUUCAUUUAGGGGGUUGUUGAUUGUGCCAGAGAGAUACAAUGAUGCAAAGGAACAUAUUCUUGGUUUCGCCAAAACUUUGAAACAUGGGUUGAUUCCGAAUCUUUUAGAUGCGGGAAGGAAUCCCAGGUAUAAUGCCAGGGACGCUGCUUGGUUUUUCUUGCAAGCUAUUCAAGAGUAUGUGACUCACGUACCCGAUGGAGAAAAGAUUUUAGACGAAAAAGUUACCAGAAGAUUUCCAUUGGAUGAUGAGUAUGUAACUGUUGAUGACCCACGUGCAUUUAGUUAUGAAUCUUCUAUCAGAGAUAUUAUCUUUGAGAUCUUUCAACGUCACGCUAAAGGAAUAAAAUACAGAGAAGCGAACGCAGGGCCAAAUCUUGACUCGCAAAUGAAGGACGAAGGUUUCAACGUGGAGGUUGGAAUUGACUGGGAAUCUGGGUUUGUACAUGGUGGCUCACAACUCAAUUGUGGUACUUGGAUGGACAAGAUGGGUGAAAGUGAAAAAGCUCACAAUAAGGGAAUUCCUGGAACACCAAGAGAUGGAGCUGCUGUCGAACUACAGGGUUUGCUCAAGAGCGCGUUGCGAUGGGUGGUACAAUUAAAUAAACGAGGCAAGUUUGAUUACACUGAAGUUGAAAAGGAGAAUGGAGAAAAAGUCUCUUUCAAGGAAUGGGAAAAGUUGUUGCAAGAUAACUUUGAGAAGCGCUUCUAUGUGCCGGAAGAUACAAAUGAUGAUGACAAGUAUGACAUUGACGCCUCAUUGGUUAAUAGACGCGGAAUUUACAAGGACUUGUACCAUACAGGUAAGCCAUAUGAAGAUUACCAGUUGCGUCCAAAUUUCCCAAUUGCAAUGUGUGUGGCACCAGAAUUGUUUACUCCUGAACUAGCAUUGACUGCAAUAAACAAUGCCGAUAGAAUUAUUAGAGGACCGGUUGGUAUGAGAACAUUGGAUCCACUGGAUUACAACUAUCGUCCCUAUUACAACAACUCAAUUGACAAUGAUGAUUUUGCCACAUCCAAAGGUCGCAACUACCACCAAGGGCCGGAGUGGGUAUGGAACUAUGGAUACUUUUUAAGGGCAUUCUUGUAUUUCCAUUUUGCUACCAACAAUGAAGGAAGUAAGGCUCGCACACCAUCGAUUGAAUUGUUUACUCUACUCAAUGAUAGAAUUCAACAUCACAUUCGAUGGAUCAAAGAGAGUCCUUGGGCAGGUUUGACGGAAUUGACCAACAAAGACGGUGAUUUAUGUAACGAUUCAAGUCCAACACAAGCUUGGAGUAGCUCAUGUUUGUUGGAUUUGUAUUAUGACCUUUGGAGAGUUGAGAAGUAUCAAUAG